CACCGAACUGAACACAAGACGCCGAAGAAGUUUCCCCCUUUCGGGGGCGGCGUCAACAGACGAUGCUAAGCUAAAGGUGGCCGUUGGGUUUCUACAGGACUUGUUCACAGAUCAGCAACGUGCUCGUGGUCGCCAGCGCGCAUGUAAAAUAGGCCAUGACAUUGCAAAGAGGACAGAAACGCGAAUACAUUGAGCCCGACGUGGAAGAAUCCGCUAAGAAGAAGAGAUGGGCCAGGCGACCCCCAGGCCGGCCCCCGUCAAAGAGGAAGAGCAGGAGCCCGACGUCGGCUCGUUGCCGCUGACCGUCGUCGUCCUGAAGAGCGAGGACGACCGAGACGACGCGCCCGGAGGACGCCCGCCGGCGGACGGGCUCUUAGCGCCGCUGUCGGACGGCGACGACGCGGAAGCGGGCAAAGAACGCUACAGCUGCUCAGUUUGCGGCAAAAGCUUUUCUCACAAGUGCAAUUUGCCCACGCACAUGAAAACGCACACCGGAGAGAAAAGUUUUUGCUGCUCGGUUUGCGGUAAGAGCUUCUCGCAAAAGUCGCACAUGAUCUCGCACGCCAGGACGCACACGGGAGAGAAACCCUUCCGCUGCUCAGUUUGCGGUAAACGAUUCUCGCAGAAGGUGCACAUGGAAUCGCACAUGAAGACGCACACGGGAGAAAAACCGUUCGCUUGCUCCGUUUGCGGCGAUAGCUUCUCUCUCAAGUCGAUCAUGGUGUCGCACAUGCGAAUACACGCCGAAGGGAAAUCCUUCGCUUGCUCCGUGUGCGGUAAGAAAUUUCCUCAAAGGGUGCACAUGGAGUCGCACAUGAGAACGCACACGGGAGAGAAACCCUUCACUUGCUCACUCUGCAACAAAAGCUUCACCUGUAAGGGCAGUUUGAACGUGCACAUGCGCACGCACACGGGAGAGAAGCCCUUCAGCUGCUCACUUUGCGGUAAAAGUUUUCCGUACAGAAACAGUUUAAAUGCGCACAUGAAUUCACACAGCGGAGAGGAGAUUUUGGCCUGCCCCGUUUGCGGCAUGACAUUCGCUCAAAAGAGAACUUUGACGGCGCACGUGCGGUCACACGGCGGAGAGUGAACCUUCGCCUGCCGGCUUGAAGCUAACUCCUUGACCGCCGGCCGUUUUCAAAGCAUUUGGACCGAUCUUUCGAGGCCCGCAAAAUAUCGCGUCCUGUGACGAGAUCAGCGCAGCGUCUACUUGAAGAGUAGACUCUUCUUUCACCGCAAACGUUUGUGUCCAGCUUUUCCCAUUCUUUAGUAAUGAGCAGCAGAACAUGGCCUUGUUCUGCUGCCCCGAUCACAGAUACUGACCAAAAACCGGAGCAAACGAGCUCUUUGUGAAAAGAAACGGCAAACACAAGAGGGAUCUUUGUUUGCUUUUGUGACAACUCAAACUGUAAAACAACAACAACAACAGGACCGGAAAAGGUUUUGCAUGGCAAAAUAAUCAUUUAGUGAUACAACUAAGAAACUGAGCCAGCGCGUGGCCGGAGUUGAACGUCAGCGGCAUUUUGAUUUAUUUUUAAUAUACGUGGCUGCCGGUCGCCAUUUAGCGCAUGAACUGCGUCGACUUUUCUCAGCAUUGUGACGCGCGUGCUCUACUACCUAGCGCCACGCAUGCGCUGUUUAUGCUAGGUCUCGGACUCGCCGACUCAAUCCCGAUUCACUCUUCGCAUUAGCACUAACGAAUUACGAGCGACUCACAAUCGGAUGGUUACCGCUUGUACUCUUCUGACAUAAGACACGUCAUUGUCCAACAUCUAUAGCUCGCUGCUUAAGUCCCGGUCACAGUUUUUUGUAGUCUUUACACCGAUCUGAUCGAUAUCGGCCGAUAAUUAGCAUUUUAUGCCGAUCGGCUUUAAUGUCAUCAUUCGCCGAGCCGAUCGAUGACGUCAUCGAUCGGCUCCGCAAAAGAGAUUGACUCCGCGUCGCCAUCGGGCACAGUAUAUUUGAAUCCAAAAGCUAGUUUAUUUUUAGCCUUGUCGCGUGUCUUUUGACGUAGUACUGUAAAUAUAUGACGGCCAAUAAAGUUAUUUAAAAAAAAAAAAAAAAAAAAAAAAACAUGUCAGGCGGCGUGGGACAGACCACGCGUAAUGCUCGGCCAGAUCAGACGACAAGACAAAUUAGCUCUUUCACGAUUGCACCGUGUCAGACGACUGCAAUAAAAUCUUGUAUUCCGAUACCACCGCAUCCCGUUUUUUACGAUCGCCGGGCUUCAUCUUAUCGACUCAAAACGCGACCGGAUACACUCGUUACCGUGGCGACGACAUCACGCCACAUGUAUUAUAAGGGCAAAAUGGGGAAAAUCGUGUGUUGUCGGUCACCGGUGCUCAGGACAGGAGAGGACGUUGGUUUGAGGCUCGCUUGAGGUGCGUUGGCGUACUUUGAAUACAAUACGGCUCGCGGCCGUGGCCCAAUGGUUAGGAUCAUCGCCUCCCGCCGUGGGGGGCCUAGGUUCAAGACCCCGACCGGACCGUCCGCCGACGUCCCCCGGACUCCCGGCUGCGGUGUCCUCGAGCGAGACGCCGAUACCCCGAAAUGCUCUCCGGGCGCUUCGGCCGCCCCCUGCUCCGGUGUGUUCCGCUAACGUGCGUACGUGUUCACUGUGAUGGGUAAAAUGCGUGCAUGUUCAUAACAAUAAAGGUGAUUCUUCUUCUUCAAACAGGCAACAAAACGUUAUCGUUAUCUAGCCUAGGAAGCUAGCGGUAGCACGAACGGUUGGACGUAAACACGCCGCCGUUCUGUCGACUCGCGCUCUAACAUUUCGGUGUGGGUGAAGUCAUUUAAUUCAAAAUACAGUAAUUUAAUGACAGUAAGUUAGCAGCCAUUAUUUCUGUCACGUCGUAAUGCUGGUUUGACCUGACCGAUUCGAAUAGACGAUGUGACGAGAGCGGCGAUUUCCAACCUUUCUGGAGCCAAGGAAGAGAAAUCUCACGGAACACCAACAAACAAAAAUCUCACAAAAAGUGGAUUUGUUCUGUACUGUCACUAUGCCUCAUUGGCAUAAAUAGAGAAAAAGGAUACAUUAUUUCUUGGAAAUGGAUCCUUUUCUGAGCAGUUAAAUAAUAUGUGAUAUUUUCCCCCGGAAGUCUGUGAUUGGUUGUCAGUUAAUUGGCCACUUCCUGGUCCAUGAAGGAUGACGAGCAGAUGGGAUGUGCUAAAGUGACUUUGGGGGGCCAUUUGUACCAUUGUAACGCCAAUGGUAAAAAAUAAGUGAAAUAUUUUUCUAUAUUGGUUAUUGGCUAACUAUUUGCAAUGUGAAAAUGGUUCGUUCGAAAAACAAAACUUACGGUGACCUAAGAAGACUUGUGCAGUGCAUACAGUACAGUGUAUAUAUAUAGUUUUUUUAUGUUUGUGCUGAACACAUUCUUGACAUUAAAGACGAUUCUGGUCUU